AAUACUUCACCAACGGUGAUGGCAAAGGAACUUUUAUUCAAUGUAAACUCUGCAAAGAAGAAUGCAUUAGAUCCAGAAUGUACAAACUUGACACUAUUCAAAAAGACUCCUGGUUUUGUAACUUAG